CAUCUCUAAUUUACACACACACGUUGAUUCCUCUUCUCUCUUUCUCGUGUUCUCAUCGUUGGCCUAAAACAAGAGAAGCAAAAAUGGCAGAUCAGCUCACCGAUGAUCAGAUCUCUGAGUUCAAGGAAGCUUUUAGCCUAUUCGACAAAGACGGAGAUGGUUGUAUCACGACGAAAGAGCUGGGAACGGUGAUGAGAUCACUAGGACAAAACCCAACAGAAGCAGAGCUACAAGAUAUGAUUAACGAAGUUGAUGCUGAUGGUAACGGAACCAUAGACUUCCCUGAGUUUCUCAACCUUAUGGCUAGGAAGAUGAAAGACACUGACUCUGAGGAAGAGCUCAAAGAAGCUUUCAGGGUU